UCUUUAGUUUUCGUAAAGUUACGUAUACGCUCAACAUAAAAGUGUCAAAUUUUGAUGUAUUAUAGGAACAUAACCGCGCAAACACAAAAUAACGGAUCAGAAAACUUAAAAAAAAGAUUAUCUUACAUCAAAAUAAAGUCGCGACAUUCUCCACCACAUCCUUUACCACAUCAUUCCUUCGAUAUGAUAUCGUCUUUUUAUGUGAAUACUAACUUAUACAUGUUGGCAGUAGUCGUUCGCGGGAUUUCAUAAGAUCGUGAAUUGAAUACUACUUUGUCACUAAUAACGCGAAAACAUUAAUAAUGCCGACAAGUGAUACGGAUUGUCUCGCAUUCGUGGCGGCGAUUGAGAGUGGCGAGUUUGACAAAGCAAAUCAACUUUUGGCGCGAGACAACGAAAACAAGUUCAUUCAGCCAGUAGGCGUUCUUGAAGUGACGGCUCUGCAAGUAGCUGCUUCGCAAGGAAACAUUGAUUUAUUAAAUCAGCUCAUCAAAAAAGGUGCUAACGUAAAUGGAUUUGACAAAAUCGGCAGAACUGCCCUUUACCAUGCAGCACAUUGCGGUCACGUCGAUGUUAUCAAACGACUUCUUGAAUGUAAAGCAGAAAUCAACACCCAAGUCGGAAUCCAUUCCUGUAGCAGACAUAUGCACUUGGAAUCUACCUCAAUUGGACAAAAAUUACCGUUACCCAUGCGGAGAAGAUCACCACUAAAUCAAGCGGUAAGAAAUAAUCACGCUGACGUCGUGCGCAUUUUAAUCGAAAAUGGUGCACGUGCUGACAUUCGAGACCACCGUUUUACACCUCCGUUGCUACUGGCAGGAAUCGCAGUAAAUACUCGUGAUGAUCCGAAUGAAAUGAAGAAAUUCUUCGAGAUCGUCAAAUUAUUGGUAUCCGCAGGAGCGGAUAUCAACGAAAUUUAUCAAGGAACAGGUACAACGGUGUUGCACCAUGCAACGAUGUAUGGUAGUGUAGAAACGAUUGAACUACUGGUGGCAAAAGGCGCACGGAUAUAUCAGUGCAGCAAGUUUAGAAACACUCCGUUUCAUAUUGCAGCAAGAGCAGGAGACAGCAGGGCACUGUUGGCUUUAUUGAAUACAAAACAACCUUAUUUCAUCGACAUGGGCGACCACAUGAACCGCACAGCUCUUCACAGAGCGGCUUUUCAUGGUCAUCGUAAGUGCGUACAAAUACUGAUUAAUCACGGUGCUAACAUAGCCGCGGCGAUGAAAAACGUACAUCUAACUGACAAAUCUUCGGAAAAAUAUGAAGAUGCAAAAACCGGAAUUGAACUUGACUUCAAAAUAUUGAUCCCGGAAUAUCAAAAACAUCAAAUGGCAGUAGUUAUGGCUAUCAUAGACGCAGCGUCGGGCAUAUCGCAAUUAACAAUAUUACAGCACCCGCUCGUAGAAACAUUUCUUAAAUUAAAGUGGANAAGAUUAAGGAUAUUUUUCUUCUUUNUGAUGCUCAUACAUUUGUCUUUUGUUGUUUGUCUCUCAAUCUUCGCCCUGAUGUUUAUAANCAAUAACACUGUUGANAUUUUGCCAAUUCCAAGGAUUCUCAAUGUCUGUUCCUUGGUUCUUUUGAUUCACAAUUUGAUACAACUGUUUAUGGAACCUAAAUAUUAUUUGAAACAAGUAGAAACGUGGUUGCCAAUCAUAUGCGCACUUAUAUCACUCGCUACGGCGAUAGGUAGCGAAUUCGUAAACUGCAAUAAGGAAGAAAUUGGACGUAGACAAUGCGCACAUUGGAUAUUGCAUCUUCUUUCCAUCGCAGUUUUGCUCAGUUGGAUACAAAUAAUGCUAUUAAUCGGUCGAUUUCCGAUGUGGGGAUAUUAUGCGCUGAUGUUCUCUACAGUGUUAAAAAACGUCAUAAAGGUUAUUUUGACAUUUGGAUGCUCGAUUGUUGGGUUUGCACUCAGUUUUACCAUCGCGUUUUACGGAAAAGACCAGUAUGAUACUUUUUGGAAAGCAAUCGUGUCGACUGUGGUAAUGAUGACAGGCGAGUACGAGUACACGGAUUUGUUUAAUAGUACAAGCACAAAAGAUACCGUUACUACAGAAGGUUUUCUACCGAUAACAAGCAGGAUUGUAUUCUUUAGCUUUAUCAUACUUACCAGUAUCAUUCUGAUCAAUCUCAUGACCGGUUUAGCAGUCAGCGACAUUCAAGCUCUCGAGAAAGAGGCUCAUAUACGUCGAUUAUUGAAACAAGCAGAAUUUAUUGCACAUUUGGAAAGACUGACAUCACACAGAAUCUUUCACAAAAAGUGGAUACAUCCUCGUAUAAGAUUAUUAAUACAUUUGAGGCGCGAUAUUUCCAGAAAGAUGAUAGUGUCCCGUCGUUCAAAUUAUUUGGUUUUUAAGGAACGGUAUUCUAAGAUACCCACCCAUUUAAUAGAAGCUUUAUAUUUGCUAGCUAUCAAGACAUCUCGCAAAAGUUCAGAGGAAAGUUUGAAAUCUGAUGACAAAAUGUUUGUUUCUAUGAUAAAAGAAAUUAUAUCUAAUGUAGUAGAAGAAAUACAGAAAAAGAAAACACAUUGUAAUUCCAAAGAGAUUACUAAAAUCGAAAAUCCUUAUUCUGCUAUGUUUUCAGAAGAAAUAGGCAAGACUAUGACGCUUUUUUGCGCUGCUUACAGACCAGCCCACCUUCUGCACGGCGUGCGUUUUUCGCCACGAAAUGUCUCUGCUUCUCGUCCGCUCACGCUUGCCUUUUCACAUGGUUCAAUCGGUCCCCUACCUAAGGCAAUACGGUCGCGGAGACCAUCUAACCUCAAGUGUUUUUAUGAGUAUCAGAUGGAGACGGAAACUGCGAUAGCGCUGAAAUAUAGGCUGAAGAAAAGACGCAUUAAUAGGUUAACCACGCGUACACAUUCGCCUGAAAGGGACACAAAUUUCAGUUCAGAGGAAAGUUUGGAAUCUGAUGAUUUCAGAGACAGAUUCAGAGACGCAUUUCUACUUUUUUUCUUUAAAAGUUAUACUAAGUUUAAGAAUAAUAUUUAA